UUAAAGAAAAUAGUUAAUAAAAUAAAACCUUUAAAGUUUGAAAUAUUUAUUAAAUAUUUUGUAUAAUCAAAGUAAAAGAAAAAUUAUUAAAAUAAUUACUUAUUGUUUUUUACUUGGAAAAACUUAAUAGACUGUGAAAUAUUUUAAACAAAAAAAAGGACAAUUAUACCAAGUUUUAUAAUAACAAAAAAAUUAAAAAAUGAAUUUAUACAAGGAUUUAUUAACCCUUUUAACGGUGUUCAUGUUGUUUUUGAAUAAUGGUGAAGCAGCAUAUAAAUUACAGGAACGUUAUAGUUGGAAUCAAUUGGAUUUUGCAUUUCCUAAUCCACAAUUAAAACAACAAGCAAUACAAAAUAAAGAUUAUAUACCACAAAAUGCUUUACCAGUUGGUGUUGAACAUUAUCAAAAUAAAUUAUUUGUAACUGUGCCAAGAUGGAGAGAUGGUAUUCCAGCAACAUUAACAUAUAUUAAUAUGGAUCAUACAGUUUCUGGAUCACCUGAAUUAAUUCCAUAUCCUGAUUGGAGAAGUAAUACAGCUGGUGACUGUGCCAAUAGUAUUACAACAGCUUAUCGUAUUAAAGUAGAUGAAUGUGGACGUCUUUGGGUUUUAGAUACAGGAACUCUUGGUAUUGGUAAUACAACAACAAAUCCAUGCCCAUAUGCUUUAAAUAUAUUCGAUUUAUCAACAAAUUCACGUAUACGUCGUUAUGUUUUCCGUCCAGAAGAUACAAAUGCUAAUACAUUUAUUGCUAAUAUAGCUAUUGAUAUUGGAAAGAAUUGUGAUGAUGCAUUUGCAUAUUUCUCUGAUGAAUUGGGAUAUGGUUUAAUAUCUUAUUCAUGGGAACAAAAUAAAUCAUGGAGAUUUUCGGGACACAGUUAUUUCUUCCCAGAUCCAUUAAGAGGUGAUUAUAAUAUUGCAGGUUUAAAUUUCCAAUGGGGUGAAGAAGGUAUCUUUGGCAUGGCUUUAUCACCAUUACGAUCAGAUGGAUAUAGAACAAUGUAUUUUAGUCCACUUGCAAGUCAUCGCGAAUUUGCUGUGUCAACAAGAACAUUACGUGAUGAAUCACGUGUUGAAGACAGCUAUCAUGAUUUUACAUUCUUUAAUGAAAGAGGACCAAACAGUCAUACAACUGCACGUGUAAUGAGUGAUGAGGGUAUUAUGUUAUUUAAUUUAAUUGAUCAGAAUGCUGUUGGUUGUUGGCAUUCAUCAAUGCCAUACGAACCACAAUAUCAUGGUGUUGUUGAUCGCGAUGAUGUUGGUUUAGUAUUUCCAGCUGAUGUUAAAAUCGAUGAAAAUCGUGACGUUUGGGUAUUAUCAGAUCGUAUGCCUGUAUUUUUGUUGUCCGAUUUAGAUUAUAAUGAUGUCAACUUCAGAAUUUAUACUGCUUCAUUGAAUGAUUUAAUUGAAGGUACAGUUUGUGAUGCAAAAGUUAAUUUAUAUCAACCGAAACCAAUUUAUAACGGUUACCGCCCGCGACCAAUUGGAGGUUAUCAAAAACCACAAUAUCAAAAACCAAUUUAUCAAGCACCACAACCUGUUACACAAAAAAGUUUAUUAUUACCAGCAAUUCCACAAGUAAAAGAACCUGUAAAUAAUUACUUACCAGUAUCAAUUCCAGCCUCACCACCAGUUUCCGCAUAUUAUACAACACAAAGAGUUCCUAUUUCACAUAUUCCUAAAGCAUUCAUUUUUAAUCAACAUAAUGGCUUAAAUUAUGAAACAAGUAGUCCAGCUAUUUCUUAUAAUCCAGGUGGCGGAUUAAGUGAUUUCAGAGGAUCAUAUAGAGAUGAUUCAUCAACAAAUUAUAAAAAUUUUGGAUUUUCAACGGUAUGGGGUAACAACCAAUAACCAUGCAUUCGAUAUGAAAACAAUUAAAUAGCAAGAGGACAUUUUUUAGCACAUAAGAAAGAAAACAGUCGUAACGUAUAACCUAUAUUAUAUAAAUAACAUGUACAUAUGAAUCAUCAUCUAUAUCACAAUUUAAAGCAAACAAUAUUAUUAUUAUGUAUGUAUGUAUGUAAAUAUAAAUGCGCGUAUAAAAUAUUAUUUUUUGUUGACAUAAAAUCUCUCUGUUAUUAAAAAAUUCAUUCUUCAUAAUUUAUUUUUAUGUAAAAAAAAAUUAAAACUAUUGUUAUCGUCAUUGCUUAAAAUUAUCUUUACGUAUGAUAAAAUUUUCAUAUAAAUUGUACAUUAUAAUUGCAUACCUUAUA